GCAUUUUUUUAGUUUAGUGCUUGAUUUCCUCAUUUUCACUUCCGCCUAAUGUCAGAAUAGGAAGCGCGCGCCGGGUCCUCACCUCUAUUUACCAAGAGAGCACAUUUAGUCUCGAGCUCUUUCAGAGGGACAUCAGGGAGUGUCAAGUCUGGCAUCAAGGGGAUUGUGAAAUCUGUGCUGUCUGAGGAAAGAGAAGCUCGCUGUUUACGCCGCAACCUAAAGUUAAAGGUCGACCUGAUGGCUACCGGUUGUUGCUCCACUGUUACAUUUGUUGGUACAUGUGAGAAUAACUUCUACUUUCAAGUGGCAGCAGAGACAGAUGUGGUUGGAGACUGUUUCAAGAUUACCGAACGGUGCCUCAAUCGUUGGGUCCGAAGCGCGGAAAACAAAUUCCUGCACUUAUGUGAUGAACAAUUUCAAGUACAAAACUUAAGCAGCGAUCAGCUAAGCCAGCAAGACUGCCAAUUCAAAAUCCAGACUUACAAAGACAUCCCAGGGGGAAAAGGGGGGAUGGCAGCCAUGCUAUAUGUCAUAAUGAAUGAGAAGAACAUGGUGGCAUGCUGCAGUCAGCAGAAUGAUGUUUAUCCUGAGGAAAUGACUCCUCCAAGCAGUAUUGAGGAAACCGAACACAAGGCAGUGUUCUACAUGACCCAUCUCACAGCAUCUAAAACGUAUAUGUUUGAGUCCUCUAUGUACCCGUCCUAUUUCCUGGGAUUUGAGUCCGAUGGGGACAAUCCCUCUCUGCAAAAACUGGUCUUGCGUCAUAAAGACAACGGUACAGAUGAACCGGAUGAAGCUUGUGAGGUUACGCUUCUGAAUGAUUUCAAAAUGUCCUAACAAAAUCAUCCUGUUUGUCUCAUUAAGGAUAAAUUGCAAUAUGGACAACCUGCAGUAUAGUUUUUUUUUUCUAUGUGCAGCUUCACAAUACAGGACUGCUCUCACAUACAGAAACAAGACUAGUGCAGUACCGCUGACACAGUAUAGAGUAUACAUAUGUUGUGUGUCAGUCAGCAGACAGCUGUUUUUUUGUUAUUUUGAAGAAACUGGAGUUUUGAGUUGAGGAAAAGAUUUUCCUUCAUUGUGUCAUUUAGUAAUUUAAAUUUAAUCAGUCACAACCUAACUGGAAUCACAAAGAACCCCAGUGACGUGUUCAAUAUUAAAUGACAUAAAUUGUAUAAAAUAUCUAAUUGAACCAACAAUCUGUGAAAUAAUUGGAAAAAAACCCUAUUAAUUUUUAUAAAUAAGAUAUAGAAAUAGAGUUUUAUUUGCAAUAAUUUGUAUUUAAUUACAUUUUUAUUUCGAAGUGCCCUUUUUUAAAAGUAUUUAUUUCAUAACGACAUUUGGUUUUAUUCAUAUACAUAACUACUUAUUUAUGUAAUAUUGAACACUUUGGGUUCCACAGCAGAUAUUUUGGCUGUGAGAGAACUACAUCACAUAAAUUUAUUACACCAGUGAAAUUUAAUGGACUGAAUUACAAUUGGAUGGUGCACCUUGAUACAACCAAAGUAGCCUCUUGUUUGUUUUCAUAUAGCAGGUCACACUAUUUAAGCUAUUAACAGUAACUUAGUGUCAUGAAUGUACUUUUUUAUAGAUGUGAUUACAUUUUUAUAGUUGUGUCACACAUUUAAAAUGUGCAGAUAAUUUGUUUGACUUUUUAAUACAGUAUAUAAUCAUUUUUAUAUUUUAUAUAUACCUGUUGUACUCUUCUGUCAUUGUAUACAUUGUGUGUAUUGUUAGGUAUAAAAUGUCAAUAAAUGAAAAACAUCUAUAUCUAUAUCUA